AUACCGAACCAUACCAAACCGAUGCUUCGGGAUCGGAACAACGUAAAAUCCCAUACUGAACCAAAAUAUUUGGUACGGUAUCGGUACGAGCUAAAUAUCGUACCAUAUCAUACCACGCUCACCCCUAAUGGCCCCAUUUCCUAUCACUCUUAAAAGUUAGUGUUGACACUUUGAAGGGGUGGGGGUGUGUUCGGGUCAGGAUGGGGUGGGGGUUUACCGGGGAGUUCGUUCGUAGCUCCUGUCGCUGUGCGGUUUGGAUUGUUUCUGUAAUCGAAGAGUGAAAUCUAGUGUUUCUGAUUCUUAAUCACAAUGGCUACACAGUUCAAAUGGUUCUGCGUCACUGUGUAUAUCUUCAUGUCGAUUCUGUCUUUCCAGGCUUGGUCAUACACUAAUGACCUUGAAGUUCAAACUCUGGGAGAGAUGUACAAAGCCUUGAACAUCCCACCACAACUGAAAAACUGGAGUGUUGAGGGCGGGGACCCAUGCGAGGAAUCAUGGAUAGGAGUAGGAUGCUCUGGGUCUUCAGUGAUUCAAAUGUAUGCAUUGCAUUGUAAUUCAUCCUCAUUGAUAACUGUGGACUUAGCUUUUGGUCACUUACUCUUCUUUCCCAAAUAUGACAGCAAACUUCAAAGUUUAAACCUCACUGGUACAUUAGGAUUCCAGCUUUCCAAUCUUCAAAACUUGAGACAUCUGGACCUUAGCUUUAAUAACAUUCAAGGCGAAAUCCCAUAUGACUUGCCUCAUAAUCUGACUCACUUGAAUUUAGCAUGCAACAACUUCAGGAAUAGCAUUCCAUUUCCAUAUUCUUUGACUAGUAUGAACCAUCUCACACAGCUGAACCUGAGCAACAACUUGUUAUCUGGACCUUUAGGAGAUUUCUUCGGUGGCUUGGUGAAUCUGAAGCAGAUGGAUUUAUCAUACAAUAACCUUACCGGUGAUCUGCCAAGUUCAUUUGAAGCAAUGAAAAGCCUAAAAAGCUUAUUUUUGCAGAGUAAUUCAUUCACUGGAUCAGUCAUUCAUUUGGCCGGGCUCUCACUUAAUGACCUGAAUAUUGAAGACAAUCACUUCAGUGGUGUAAUUCCAGAAAACUUUCAACAGAUAAAAAACUUAUGGUUUUGGGGCAAUAGUUUUCACACUGGAGAAAACGAUUUACCUUGGAAUUUCCCUCUGGAGGGUGUGCCCAAUCAGAACAUCAGUAGUCCACCAACUAUGCAGUCCAGUGCCAUUGAGAAAAACAAUCCUUCACAUACUGAAGAAGGGCACAAAAGAAAAAGGGCACACACCUGGACAAUAGUAGCUGUGGUUAUUGGAGCUGCUCUUGUGGCGAUAUUUGCUACACUCUUCAUUGUUGUUUGGGCUCAUAGAUCUCGGAAGCCAAUGUACAUAGGUUCAGAAUGCACUGAAAAUUCUAUCCAUUCUCUUCCUACCAGUACAGCCAAAGACUUCUCUUCUACUGUUAAAGAAGACAGUCAAUAUUCAUCACAAAUGAGCUCCCCACUGCUGAUUUCUCCAUGGCAAUUACCGCCCAUUCCGACGAGAACCAUGAGGAUGUCCAAAAGGAGUUCUGCCAACAAGUUCAAAGGCCCAAUAUGCGCGAAAGUCUACACGAUAACCGAGCUUCAAUCUGCAACAAACAACUUCAGUCAGCAAAAUCUUCUUGGAGAGGGAUCCCUUGGGUCCGUUUACAGAGCAGAGUUCCCUGAUGGACAGAUAUUUGCUGUGAAGACAAUCAACAUGGUAGCACUAUCUCUCCAAGAAGAAGAGAUAUUUUUGGAUGUGAUUAGGACAGCAUCGCGAUUGAGGCACUCCAACAUUGUAGCACUUUCCGGCUACUGUGUGGAGUACGGCCAGUACUUCCUUGUGUAUGAGUACAUAAGGAGUCAUUCUCUUCAGGAUGCCCUUCAUAGUACUGGAUUAAAAUCUCUGUCUUGGAAACUUAGACUCCGUAUUGCACUUGGUACUGCUCGUGCUUUGAAUUACUUGCAUUCUUCCUGUGUGCCUCCUAUUGCACAUAGCAACCUGAAGGCUGCCAAUGUCUUACUGGAUGAGGAUCGUACCCCUAGGGUUUCUGACUGUGGGCUUGCAAACUUGAGAACCCUGACAACCAACAGUGUUAAACUUAAGGCUUCUGAGAUGGCAAUAUCUGAGAGUGGCUAUGUCCCACCCGAACAUAUACAAGGGGGAAUUGGGAACACGAAGGCAGAUGUGUACACUUUUGGCGUCUUACUUCUUGAGCUUCUCACAGGAAGGAGGCCGUUGGACAGCUCAAGGCCAAGGGAUGAGCAACAUCUGGUGGAAUGGGCUUCGAGCAGGCUUCGUGACGAAAAUGACUCUCUAGCAGAGCUGGUUGAUCCAUCCAUUUCAAGGAAAGUAUCCUCCCUCACUCUAUCGCGAAUUGCUCACACCAUCUCCCUCUGCCUUCAGCCUGAGAAGGAGAGGAGGCCGGAAAUGUGUGAGAUAGUGGAGUGGCUAAUGGCACUGGUUUCAAAGAAGUCUGUACCGGUGAGCGAAGAAGAAGCAGCAGCAUCAACAGCUGAAGCUGACCCUUUUGAGCGAUCCUUCCGAACCACCAAAACCCACUUGCUUGGGUCACCCAGGCUUGCCUAAACUCUCACCACCUCUCAUCAGUAAACAACCCUAUCAAUCAUAUGAUCCUUUAGCUACAUUUUGUGCUGUAUGAAACAUGAACACCCCCCCCCCCAACUUGGAUAUUUUACCAUCUAAAAUACUAAAUAUGGAGUAUAGGU